AUGUACCGGGCCCUGUACGGCUUCCGCUCGGCCGAGCCCAACUCCCUGGCCUUCGGCGCCGGCGAGGCCUUCCUGCUGCUGGAGCGCAGCAACCAGCAUUGGUGGCUGGUGACCCGGGCGGGCUCCGGGGAGACGGGCUACGUGCCGGCUUCUUACCUGCAGCGCCUACAGGUGCUGGAACAAGAUGUGGUUUUGCAGUCCAUUGACAGAGCGAUCGAGGCUAUUCAUAAUGCAGCAAUGAAGAAUGGGGGGAAAUACAACUUGGAGCAGAGGGAUGUCCUCCAGAAGUUGAUCCAUCACCGGAAGGAAACUGUUUCCCGCAAGAGCCAUUCAUCGUCCACUCAAGGGAUGACUCCAUCCUCCAGCGAUCAUCAUCUGGAUCUAGCUAGGCAACCCAACGGCUUCUGUCGGACAGGAUACGAGCGACACCACAGUUUGCCAAACACAGAGAUCCAAGAGGAAGGCGGUAGCUUUUACCAGAUCCCACCACAGCCACUCCGUUCUGCUCUCGUUACUCCCCCGCCGCCAGAGAAACGCAAGAAUAUCCAGGCAGCUGCCUCCAUUAAAAGUGCAGUUGAAAUCACCUCAGGGUCCGUUUCCUGUGCCUCUUCUGUCAGCACAACUUCGCUGGACACCUUGUACUCAGGCUCUACAGAGUCGGGUCUCCCAACCGCCACUCCCAGCCCCAGCAACACCCCUCCCCCCGUCCCCAGCCGAAGUGCGCACACGAUGAUGUCACACAGCUCGGAUGUUAGUCCUGUCACUCCAAGAAAGCAGGGGCGUACGAGCAAAUCCCCUCAGACCAAAAGGGCUGCCCCUCAUCCUCCCGUGCAAACCGAGGCUCUUAAUGAAAAUGAGGGAAAGAGCACACGGGCCAAGGAGACUGCGCCAGAUGUUCCUGCGGAGUUAGAAGCCUUUGACUCCCUUUGCCUUGAAGAUAAGGAGGCAGCUGGGGUGGAGACCUUGGAAUCAUCUGCCCUGGCAGCAUCUGUGCCGAAGACCAUAGGUGCCGAAUUGAUUGAGCUCGUCCGCAGGAACACGAACCUCAGCUACGAGCUCUCCCGAGUUGCCAUAGGUGUGGUGAUUGGCCACAUUCAGACUUCGGUCCCUGCCACUUGUGGCGUAAUGGAGCAGAUUCUCAUCUCACUGGUGGAAAACAAGGAUUUGUGUUCUGGGCUGCCAUCCGGACAGAUCUGCCAUGAUGAGCAGAGGCUCAAGGUGAUAUUUGCAGAUCUGGCUCGCCAUAAAGAUGAUGCUCAGCAACGCAGUUGGGCCCUCUAUGAGGACGAAAAUGUCAUUUGCUGUUAUUUGGAGGAGUUGCUUCGUAUUCUGACAGAUGCAGAUCCUGAAGUUUGCAAGAAGAUGUGUAAGAAGAAUGAAUUUGAAUCUGUCUUGUCCCUUGUAACGUAUUAUCAGAUGGAGCACAGGGUCCCGUUACGACUUCUACUGCUUAAGUGUUUUGGAGCAAUGUGCAACUUGGAUGCCGCUAUCAUAUCUGCCCUAGUGAAUUCUGUCUUGCCAAUGGAGCUGGCCCGAGACAUGCAGACUCAUACACAAGAUCAUCAGAAGAUGUGCUACUCUGCAUUGGUGCUGGCUAUGAUAUUUUCUAUGGGAGAACCACUGCCAUAUCAUCACUAUGAGCACCUGAAUUCCCAGUUUGUCCAGUUCCUCCUGGAUGUGAUUGAAGAUGGCUUGCCUUCAGAUACCACAGAACAGCUGCCUGACUUGUUCGUUAAUGUUCUUCUGGCUUUUAAUCUUCACAUUCCAGUUCCUGAGCAUAAUGUGAUCAUGGUGACUGUGAGCAAACACCCCAAUGUCAAAGUCUUCACAGAAAAGCUGGUGCUGCUUCUGAACCGGGGAGACGAUCCCGUGAGCAUCUUCAAGCAUCAGCCCCAGCCCCCACACUCCGUGCUGAAAUUCCUCCAGGAUAUUUUUGCUAGCAAGGACACUGCAAGCAUCUUCUAUCACACAGACAUGAUGGUAAUGAUAGACAUAAUUGUGCGGCAGAUUGCGGAUCUCUCCCCUGGAGAAAAGUUACGGAUGGAGUACUUGUCUCUGAUGCACGCCAUCAUCCAGACCACACUGUUCCUGCAGCAUAAGCACCGGAUCACUGACCUGCAAGGGAUCUUGCAACGCAUAAUGGCGGAAGAAGAAGAGAGUCCACAGUGCCAGAUGGACAAAAUGAUCAUCCAAGAAAUCUACAAAGAGUUCCCAGAAAUAUCUCUUGGGGGCAGCUAACUAGCCCAGGGAGAGAACUGUUUGGGAUAAAAAUGCCUCUCGUGGAUGUUUCUUUCCCAUCCUUUUCCAGUACUGCUCCUAACUUGUCAUCCCUUCUGUCGAGGCCUGUGAUUUAGGUGGAAUGCUAAAAGGCCCCACAGAAGAAGUUUCAACGGUUAGAUUCAGGAGAAUGU